GUUAGUGCUAAUGACGCCUGUGCUCUUCUCCCCGAGAACAUCUAUGAUCAUGUGAAAUGUUUAAGGCUCACAUCGCCGUCUCUCGAGAUCGACCUACGGUUCACUAACUACUACAUGGACUUGGAAUUUUCAAUAUCUCCGUUGAAAGUGGGCCUCGAGUCCAACCCACCAGACGGCCCACGUAUCAUUUCUGACACUCAACUAUUCAUUGAUGGCAUUUCUGUAUAUGGUCAUCGUUUGUUUGGGUUGGCUCCCGCAGAGCCCACUUAUGUCUGCAAUUGGGAUUUCAAAGUCGGACGAGUUAUUGGAGAAUUCUCCACGGAUUUCUUGAGCUGUUUGGGUGCGUCCCUGAAAAGUUUCGACUUUUCUUUCGAUAACGAAGAAAACGGCCUUCCGCCUUUGUUUCCGAUCGCUCUUCAUGACGUGACCUUCCUUCGGGCAAAUAUCGAUUUGAUUCAUGUUUCCAUUCUAUUGGACAAAGUGGCACUUGUUCUGAGCACCGGCCCGCUGAAGACCCAAUUCAAUGACUGGACUGAUGCCAGGUUCUCAAAGCGCAUGAGCCUCAUGGUUCCUGACAUAUCGAUCGCUGCAGUUGACUAUAAGUUCCUCGGGCCAUUCGGGAGUUUGCUUGACACGAAACUGGCUCCUUUCGCACUUGUUCAGUCCACUAUCAAGCUUAGGAUGGCGCAAAGAAAGAGCGAUAUCACGGAAGGCAGGAGACUGCAACAGGAGCAUUUAAAACUGCACGAUGAGAGAACCCAAAGGACUCCGUGGCUUCUUUUUGACUGGGAGGACAUUGAACCUGACUUCCCCCAGGGCGCAAAGGAUAUCUUGGCCCCACCAACCAUUCCAAUCCCGACAAUGCCUGAGUCUGUAGGAAAAUUCUCGCAAGGGCUCAAACCACCAUUGGCGAGGCAUAAUUCGGACAGCAGAAGUUAUAACAGUUCUGAAAGUUUUCUUAUGCACUCUGAUACGUCGAGCGUGAGAAAUGGGCGGGGACGACUCGCUGGGCGCCAGUUUGAUACUUCGCGGGGUGUAUCGCAAGCAGAUGUUUAUCGGAUCAGAUCUCGAGUAGCCGAUGACAGCCGCAUGUUUGAUGCGUUGGAAAGCAGUAAAAUAUACGGGAAGGACUCAGCGACAAGCGUGCCGGAUUCUUCUAAUCCUUGGAUCAUGCCGAACUUCUCGCUCUACAGGAUUGACCUCGAUACAUCGCAGUUGCCCACGUGCCGGGGCACACAUGAUAGCCCUGCCGAGACAGCCUUUGCUGAAGCAAAAUUUGACACUUAUGCCUCGCCGUUCGAAGAUGAUGAGACAACACACACAGAUUUUGCUCUCGAGCUACCUACAGGAGUUAGGGGCUUCUGUCGACCUGAAUUCCUUUUCCUGGUGGCGGAAUUGGUAGGCAAGCUACAACCGAGACACCCGAUUUCGAUCAUUGAUACACUACAAAAAGAUGUCCUUUCAGAUAUUGUGGGCUAUGAGAAGGCAAUGCAGAACCCUAGAACGGCAACAGCAUUUGCAGUACGGGCCCCGUAUGUGCUCAUGAACUUGGUCCACUCUAGCGAUCCUCUCGUCAGCCAUGAGUUUGGAUUCCACGAUGAGUACAGCAUCAAGGUUAUUCAUUUGAAGACAGAGAUACGAUCAAGGUACCAUCAACAGACGGACAAUCCUGUCGAUAAAAACACCACGGUCCACGCGGCCGCCAAAAGCCUAUCGGUGUCUGUCGAAGGUGGCCAAGCCGAUACAUAUCAGGACAAAGCCGAGUUCAGCUGUCUUUUUGAAGACAUGAAUUUCUGGCUUGUAACAAUACCUUUUGUCAAGUCCAAGUUCCAAACUCGUGCAUUUGACACUGUGACGUCGACAAGAUCAGUGGAGCCUUUGGCCUUCCUAGUCCGUCGUACAACAACCAUGUUUGAUUCUCUUGCAUACUCCUUCCAGCAUAACUCGGCUCUCGAGCGGAAAAGACUUCGCUUCCUGAUCUAUUUUCUGACACAAACGGCCGCCACUACUUCCGAUCCGGUCUUCCUGACACGCAUCUCGUAUGUAUUGAGGGUUGCACCUACUCAUCUACGGCAUCAUGAUUCAUGGAAGAUACUGUCUCGGAUUCGAAACGUUUACAAUUGCUUGUCUUAUGAUCAACAGAAGGAUCUUAUUUCGAAAUGCGAGACUGACAACAUCUUGCUGCCCCGCAAUGCACGGACUACUGUCUUAUCAAGUUUCGACCAGUGGCGUGCGUGGGAUUUGGCCCAUGUCGAGAAAAGCGACGUGAUGCGGAGGGUUUGGGAUACCUUCGCGCCUAAAGAGGAGAACGCCACCCCUACAGCACAAUUUUCCAUUGUAGUGAAAUCCUUCCGCUUUGCAAUUGAUCCUGGGCCGAAGGAAAGCGGUUUUGUCAUUGAGGAUCUGGCCACUGCCAUUUCAGCGCAUCCCCCAAAGAAGCAACCAUCGGGUGUCGAGAUCAAGCAAAAUAAUCUGGUAACCAUCCAGACUUACUGCUCAUCCACUAGCCUUAGGCUCCGCUGGGAAGUAUUAGACAUUGUGGAAGGAGUUAUGAAGGCAAUGUCUUCUGUGACACUUGAAUCCACUGUCCGGACCCAAAGCCUCGGAGAACCUCAAAGUGAAAAGAGUGAGCUUCAGUUUACGUUUGGCACAGACCUCGGAUCCAUAACGCUCGAUGGUAUCAACGUCAAGAUUGUGAUGGCUGGAACGGGGCUCCGAAGUUCUAUCAGCCAGAUAUUAAAUAGCAGAGAAAGCCCUGACGGCCUGAGUGUGCUGAUGAGUGCUGAAGGAUGUUCUUCGGAGAUCUCCAACAUUUCCGAGACUCUUAUGUUGUGGAAAAUUGCUGAUCCACACGUGUACAUCGCACGUGUCUCUGAACAGACGGGGCCUGAUCUAAUUCACGACUGGAGAAUCGUGGGGUCAUGCACGAAACUCCGCUAUGAAAUGCGCGAGGAUCCAUUGAACCUUGCUCACACUGCAGACAGGCUGAUAGAAGAUGAAGUCCGAUACAUCCAUCAGCUUGUUAAGAACUUGGAUCCGCCCACACGGCAGUCCCCUAAGGUCGAACCAGCGAAAAAAGCGUCCAACAACAAGAUCCACAUAGCAAUGUUUCUGGAUGAUUAUCGUCUAAGCUUCUGUGUUUUACCAUCACUUAAGUAUGUCAUAUCUGGAGAAGUCGCUCGCACGUCCAUCAUACCGACUCGCGAUUCAAAGUUGGAGAUAGACUUUGAUGUGAAAAGGAACCUGCAUACAUUUCUGUCAAGCGAGGGUAGUGGGUGGCAUCGUCUAUCGGUGCUGGAGAUCCCGCCAAUCAACGGUCGAGUGAUAGCCAAUAUGGCGCCUGUUAGGACGGAUGUGGAAGUUGAUAUGACAAUUGAGCUCAUCAGACUGGAGGCGAGCUCCGUGAGAACCCUCCUGGGCUCUCUCACAAAGCCAGAGGUGUCCCACUUCAUGGCUGAUCUCAAGGAAAACUUCAAGUCUCUUCAACAGCGCCUCGAUGAAGUUCUCGCUCUUGACAAAACACCCAAGCAACAGAAAGAAUCUCCCAAGGACCAUGGCAUUCUCUACAAGGCGAGCAUGUCAAUGGCAGGGAUAAAGAUACACGCUCUAGCGCCCGGUUUGAAUAGUAAAGAUUAUUCAGCCGACUUGGAAUUGACGCUAGGUAUGAUGCGUAUGCGCCUCGACAACGGCUUGGAGGACGGAUACCCAAUGCAAUAUCCCGAAUUCCACGUCGACACGUCCAAUAUAAGUCUCGAUCUUCGGAAGAAAGAGGCGUCUAGAAGCCGAUCUUACUGCAGCUUUGCCAUCGAUGCAAAACUCCAAGGGACCUCGACAAGACUUGAAAAUGGUGACCUCAGGAGAGUGUAUCACUUGAGCAGUAAGAAGUGUGAUAUCGAGCUCUUUUCCGAAACAGCUGCCCUGGUCGUUGAUAUGGCAGCUCAUCUCCAGGAGCGCAUCAAAACUUUGGAUUUGUCUCACGAGGUGGAGCGUUUCAAGAAAUUGCGCAAGCGAGGCCAUACAGAGACAAAAGCCAAGUCAACAGGUAUCCCAGAGAUACGCAUAUCAGAUGAGGGCGGCGCUCAAGAUCUCUUCGACGCCAUGUAUUCGUUGGAUUUCAAUAACAUUCAAAUCGCCUGGAACAUGACCACCGUGGUAUUGCCCACGUCCGCACGCAAACCCGACGACCUGGUUUUCUCCAUCAAGCGUGUGGAGUUGUCGAACAAGAAGACCAACGCCGCAAAGCUUCGUAUUGAGGAUAUGCAAUUGCAGAUGGUUCCGUUCUCAAGCAACAGAGAAAAACGCUCCCUCAAUUCGGCCUUAUUGCCAGAACUGGUCUUCAAUGUUGCAUAUGCCUCGACAGGAAAAGAAGCUCGACUGGCCUUCCAGGCAGCCGGGAAGUCAUUGGACAUACGGGCGACUUCUGAUUUCGUCAUGCCUGCUAGUACCAUUCGAGAUUCCAUUGCUUCUGCAAGUCGAAUCAUCCGUGAUGCCAAUUCCUCCCUGAUGCCCAAGCCCGCUGAAGAGGGCACCGAAGAGGGCACAAAGCAACGUUCCCUUUUCGGAAACAAGCGCCUGCGCUCCGUACUGGUUGACGUCGACUUCGCUGGUGCCAUUGUAUCGCUACAAGGGAGACGUAGCGAAGACCAACAGUUGACGGCAGCGCGCAAGGGGAGUCGGGCAUCAGAUGCGAAUUAUGGACACUAUAUCCACGGGGAUGGAGUAGCCACGGCGACCCUAAGGGCCCCUGGCGUGGCGUUGAAGGUUCAAUUCGAAGACAGCAGCUCCGCUGGCUCUGCAUUGAAUGCGGAGCUAAAGGUUGAUCCGUCCACAAACGUUCUGCAUCCGAGUCUGGUUCCGUUGGUGAAACAGAUGACCUCGGCGGUGCAACAGGUUAUGGGAGGCCAACAAAAGCCUAGAAGACCGUCUAGCGCGAUGAUGCUGCAGCCUCAGAAGCUUAUGCAAGAGGCACCACUCGAUGAUGAAGGAAGAGACACGAUUCUGGGGAGAUGCAAACUGAACGUGGGCCUUCUCAUCUGCAAACAAGAAUUCAGCUUGAGCUGCCAACCCAUCGCCAGAGUCGCGGCCACUGCAGGGUUUGAAAGUGUCUACGUAACUAUCAACACCGUUCAGUCUGAUGAAUAUGGCAGAUUUUUGUCACUCUUGAUGACAUUCAACUCAUUGCAAGCUUCGGUGAAACACGUCUAUUCCAGCGAGUCCACUGCAAGCUUUGAGGUCCAAUCUAUGGUCAUGUCCGUUAUGAACAGCAAGCACAUUGGCAGUUCCAAGGGUAUUUCGGCUGUGCUCAGAGUCAGCCCAAUGCAGGUUGCCCUCAACGCCAAGCAAGUACAGGAUUUGCUCCUUUUCCGAGAAAUCUGGUUCCCAUCGAAUGAGGACAUAGAUGUGGAGCGAAAAUUCCCUCCGUCGUCCCCGGAGACGCCACCCUAUAUUGUUCAGCGAUAUCAGCAAGUUGCGUCGGCCUCUGCAUUCCCAUGGAACACGGCUAUUGCAGUCGAGAGGCUGGAGAUUCAUCUCGACCUAGGGUCCACCCUUGGAAAGGCUCAGUUUGGCAUCAACGAUUUAUGGAUGUCGUCGAAGAAGACGUCCAAUCAGGAACAAACGCUGUGCAUUAAGCUGAAAUCCCUCGGGGUAGAAGGCAAAGGUCGGAUGAGUGGGUUGAUUGAACUAGAGACGCUGAAAGUCCAUACCUCAAUCCACUGGCCCGACGACAUGCUCCACAGCCAGACUCCUCUUGUUCAAGCCUCGAUUGCCUUCAACCAAUUCCAAAUGAAGGUUUCCUUCGACUAUCAGCCUUUCAUCAUUGGCCACAUCACGAUGUUCAAUUUCCUCAUGUACAAUGUCCGGAACGUCUCUGGCAACGAGCGACUGUUUAGCAUUCUGGAUGGAGAUAAAGUACAGGUUUUUUGUACAAGCCUGACCGCGUCGCAGACGAUUGCUUUGUUCCAAGCAUGGCAGCGCCUCGUGCAAGACAAGCAGUCAGCAUACGAAAGGGCAUUGGAUGACGCACAGAGAUACAUGCGCCGACGAACUUCCAGUUUCGCAAGCAAACCCGAGCUUCCAAACGAAGCGAAGGCUAAAGAUAAGGACGAAAAGGACGAAAAAGCACCAAUAUCUCUCCAAACGGGGGUUGUCGUCUCGCUGAACUCCGUCAAUCUCGGGGUGUUCCCCAGCUCCUUCUACGACAAUCAUGUAUUCAAACUGGAGGCACAUGACGCCCAAGCCCAUUUCCACGUGUCCCUCGAAGAGGAGCGAAUACACAGUAUCCUGGGACUCACUCUCGGCGAGCUGCGCGUUGCACUCUCGGGGAUCACGCGGCCGCAUCCAAUGGAAGUGCAAGACCUGCUCGUCAGCGAGAUCGCCACCCGAGUCGUGGAAUCCACUGGAGGCACAAUCCUCAAGGUCCCCCGACUCGUAGCCAGCAUGGAGACAUGGCAGAAACCCGGAGACUCCAAAAUCGACUACAUCUUCCACAGCUCCUUCGAAGGCAAAGUCGACGUCGGAUGGAACUACUCGCGCAUCAGUUUCAUCCGCGAUAUGUGGGACUCACACUCUCGCGCCUUGGCCUCCCGGCUCGGAAAGCCACUGCCGCCAUCUGCAGUCCGAAUCACGGGAGGACUCAAGGAGGGCGACGACACCAAGGAGCAGCAGGAGAAGAUCACCGCUGUUGUAAACGUGCCUCAGUCGAAGUACACGUAUGUUGCGCUGGAACCGCCGGUGAUUGAGACGCCUCAGCUGCGUGAUAUGGGUGAGGCUACGCCGCCUCUGGAAUGGAUUGGGCUGCAGCGUGAUAAGCUGCCCAAUAUCACGCAUCAGAUUAUUAUCGUGACUUUGUUGGAGAUUGCUAGGGAGGUGGAAGAUGCGUAUGAGAAGAUCUUGGGGUCUUCGUGAGCUUGGGCCUUGGAGGGAGGUUCUUGGAAGCUUUAUUUCUAUGUAUAUAUACAAGUUGGUGUACGAUUUUUAAUGCUUAUAGAUUUUAC